AGCUAUACCCUCUUAAAACCCUAAAAAAUCUCCUGGUUCCGUCUCUCCUCAUUCUCCCUCCUUACGCAGCUCUUGAUUAAACCCGCUGAGAGGUGCUGAUCUGAGGGUUUGCGAAAAUGCUUGUCCUUUUCGAGACACCGGCUGGGUUUGCCCUCUUUAAAGUAUUAGAUGAAGGAAAGCUCUCUAAAGUUGAGGACUUGGGGAAUGAGUUCUUGACAGCGGACUCAGCCAGAAAGGUGGUUAAGCUAAAAGCCUUCAACAAGUUUGACAACACAUCUGAAGCUCUUGAAGCAGCGGCUAAAUUGAUGGAGGGAGCUCCUAGCAAGGGUCUUCGCAAGUUCUUGAAAGCUAACUGUGAAGGUGAAGCCUUGGCUGUGGCUGAUUCCAAGCUUGGGAAUGCGAUUAAGGAGAAACUGAAAAUAGAUUGUGUUCAUAACACUGCUGUUAUGGAGCUUCUACGAGGGGUGAGAAGUCAGCUUACCGAACUCAUAUCUGGUUUGGGUGAUCAAGAUUUGGCUCCGAUGAGUUUGGGUUUGUCUCAUAGCCUUGCAAGAUACAAGCUGAAGUUCAGUGCUGAUAAGGUGGACACGAUGAUAAUUCAAGCCAUCGGUCUGCUUGAUGAUCUCGACAAAGAGCUGAACACCUACGCAAUGAGGGUACGGGAAUGGUACGGAUGGCAUUUCCCUGAGCUUGCUAAGAUUGUACAAGACAAUAUCCUAUAUGCUAAGGCUGUCAAAUUGAUGGGUAAUCGCACGAAUGCUGCAAAGCUAGACUUCUCUGAGAUCUUGCCGGAGGAAGUUGAGGCGGAGCUGAAGGAGGCAGCUGUGAUAUCCAUGGGAACUGAAAUCAGUGACCUUGACUUGAUUCACAUCAGAGAACUCUGUGACCAGGUCCUUUCCCUGGCUGAGUACAGAGCUCAGCUUUACGACUACUUAAAGAGCAGAAUGAACACUAUUGCUCCAAACCUGACUGCCCUUGUCGGUGAACUUGUUGGUGCUCGUCUAAUAGCUCAUGGUGGUAGUUUGUUGAACCUUGCCAAACAACCUGGAAGCACGGUUCAGAUUCUUGGAGCCGAAAAGGCCCUCUUUAGAGCGCUUAAGACAAAACACAACACACCAAAGUAUGGUCUCAUUUACCAUGCAUCUGUGGUUGGACAAGCAGCACCGAAACAUAAGGGCAAGAUCUCUCGGUCUUUAGCUGCAAAAACUGCUCUGGCUGUUAGGUGUGAUGCUCUGGGCGAUAGCCAAGAUAACACUAUGGGGCUCGAGAACCGUGCUAAGCUCGAGGCACGGUUGAGAAAUCUUGAAGGAAGAGAUCUUGGACGUUUGUCUGGUUCAGCUAAAGGCAAACCCAAGAUUGAAGCUUAUGACAAGGAUAAAAAGGCAGGAUCCGGGGCUCUCAUCACUCCUGCUAAGACUUACAACACUGCUGCAGACUCGCUUCUUGGGCAAACGCCGAAAUCAACAGCUGAAGAAGGGGAAGAGAAGAGAGAGACCGAGACAGAUGAGAAGAAAGACAAGAAGAAGAAGAAGAAAGUAGAAGCAGAAGCAGAAGCAGAAAAACCCGAAACCGAAGAACCCUCAAAGAAGAAGAAGAAGAAGAAAGCAGAAGUAGAAGCAGAAGAACCAACUAAGGAAGAGAAGAAGGAGAAGAAGAAGAAGAAGAAGCAAGCUGAGGAGGAAGGUGAAGAAGCUGAUAAUGGCAAAGACAAGAAGAAGAAGAAGAAGAGAAAGCACGAGGAAGAGGAAGCAGAACCAGAAAUGCCGGCCAAGAAGAAAGAGAAGAAGAAAAAGAAGAAUGAUGAAUGAGGCUGUGGACUGAAAGACCAAGAGAGGCUUCAAGAGGAAAUUUAGUUUUUGCUUAUUUUUGGCGUAGGGUGUAAGGUUGAUUGUCUGAGACACUCAAAUUUUCCAUCAUUUUCCAUUAUAAGCGUUUGUUUGAUUGAUAAGACUCUGAACCUACAAAAAAAAAUCCGUUUUUGGAAUAUCGUAUGAAAUUUUGGACUG